AUGAGUGUCGUCUCUCAGUUCUUCUUUCGAAGACCCACCCACGCUCCAGGGCAGGGAUCACCAGAAAAAGGCGGAAGACGAAUAAUAAACUCCUUGCUGCGCCUCGAUGCCCCUGUCUCGCCCAGUGGUCCCGUUAUCCGCGGUGUCCAUGGAAUUCAGGCUCACAUCAAUCAUCGAGUCCUUUUGGGUGACUUUCAGGAUACAGUUUCUCGUACCCGAAGAGCUGCAGAACGUCUGGAAUUUCGAAACCGAGCAGUCCACCAUGCCAUACUGAAGAAGGAAGAGGAGGAUAAACGAUGGGGGGAUGGGAUUAGGGAGGAGAAGACAGAAAGCGGAACUAAGGACGCAGUAAGAUCGAUGAUGUUAGGGGAAAUGAGUUCGGAAGAGGAAGAAGACGUCAAGCGAAUGGAAUUUGCAGAGUCGAUUCUGCUUAACCAAGGGGAAUCUCGCAUCACUUAUACCUACCUGCAAUUCCUCAAGUACUUCCGCUACUUCCUUGCCACUAACCGCCAAGGCACUCUCAUCACCCUCAUCUACAUUCGCCAUAUGAAUUUCCACUCUAAGGAGGUGGCUCAGGCCUUUGAGGCCUCGCAUUGCACCACAUUACUGCUGAAUCUCCUCUCUGUGGACGACCCACCUGUUCAGGUUGCUGCCAUGCGUGUGCUCGAUAAAGUCUCCACAAUCAUCUAUUUCGCUCGCCUCAUCGUCCAUUUGGGUGGUGUGAAACCCCUUCUUACCAACCUUCAUCAUCCUAACAUCCAUAUGAAACGCUCAGCAGGGAGAAUCAUAGGUAACCUCUGCGUCCUCAAGAAGGUUCGUGUCCUAUUAGCCCGCAUGGAUGCCAUUAAACCAAUCGUUUGCCUCCUAGACGAGAACACCAGGAAGAUUACUGAAAUACACGCGGACUACGAACGUAAAGUUCGCAUGACAUUGGCCUUCAACACGAGCCCUGAAAACGCUCUGAGAGCUAAACUUAAUCGCCUGGAACAGCAGGUCGAUUCCAGUAGACGCACGACGGAUAGCCUGUUGAAGGUACUUGGUGUGGUAUUGUGCGCCGUCUCUAAAAACGCCGAGGGUAGGUUGGCUUUGCGCCAGACUGGAAUAGUGUCUGUCUUUGCAGUCCUCAUUCCAUUAGCUCAUACUGACGUUCUCCAACAUGUAAUGUCUACGCUGCAAGCAUGUUGUGUGGAGACCUAUUUUCGCAUUGCCGUUCUAACAGAAGGGAUUCUGCCUCAUCUGCUGGAAUCUCUUCGAAAUUCUACUCUAGCUGUUAAACUACCGUGUACAUUCACAUUAGCCCAAUGCGCAAACGAGCGAGACAUUCGCGAGGGCAUACGAAAAAUGAAUGGGCUCGACACGAUUGUACGAAUGCUGCGUUGGGAGUUGAGAAACGCUAACGGGGCACUUGAGAGCAUCCGCAUAACCUGCAUGACGCGUGGUCAGCCUUUCGAUGAAGAAGGCUUUGUCACUUCCCUUCUUCGCGGUCGCGAUCGCGUUGAGGCUAAAGCCACAGGACAGCAUCAGAAGAUUACUUUCUCGAUGCAGAAGGGGGGCAACUUGAAGAAUACACGCGGUGAAAGGACUGCAGAACAGAGGGAGCGGGAGCAGGCUCUAGGUAUAUUGCACGAAACCCUUCUGGUUGGUAUUACCGAUCUAAUUUGGAAGACUUCGUUGUCUCGGGAGAAUGCAAUGAUUCUCCAAGAGAAGCAGGUGUAUAGUGAUUUGGUACGCUUAAUCAUCGAGCUACCACGACUAUUUGGUCCAUUCUGUCGCCCUGUUACCACCGCCUCAGUCAAACUCAACGGUCUGGAUAGAGCGGAGAAGAUUGUGUUUAACUGUCUUCAUGCGAUCGCCGUCGCUGCCCAGAUACCUGAAAUACUUAAAUUUAUCGCAAAGAUGGCCCAAGGGGUCAAGCCAUGGAUAGUGUUAUUGCGCCUUGCCAUAAAUAAUCUCACCCCAGCUGCGUGCAUUUCUUUGCGAGUGUUGUUAAAGCACCAAAAACUGCAACAACAGUUUGUUAACUUUGGAGGUCUACGAAUCCUCUUUGCUUACAUGGCGACCGAGACAGGUGGAUCGAGAUGUGAGGCACUGCGCACUAUCGAGGCAUGUUUGGCGAACUCGGACGAAGUGGGACUUCUGCUCAAGCCACUGAUCAACGCACCUGCUACCAUUGUCUCCUUCAUCGCCUCUAUGUCUACCGAAGAGGACACGCAGAUUGCAGCACUCGACACAAUCGCGCAGAUGGCGAGAGACAAGAACACCCUAGCAAUCAUGUCGGAUCUGGAUGUGAUCGAAGGACUCGCCCGAAUCCUCUCUGCUGCUUACUCAGAGGCUCUGAAGAUCAGCGUGGUGCGCGCCAUCGCCGCAUGCUCAUACUUCGGUGAGAAUGCCGAGUACCUGGGGCGUGCAAACUGCGUGCCCAUGCUGGCUGCCGUUUUCCGUUCCUCCACAAGUAGCGUAGGAGGGGAAGGCGGCAUUAGCGCCACUCAGCUGCGGGACGCGGCGGUUCGAGCGCUCUACGGCAUCAGCCGCUUGCCUGCUAAUGUAACGCGCAUCUGGGAGGCGGACAUCUGCGAGGAGCUGACGGCAAUGGCGGGGUCAGCGGACGAGCAGGUGCAGGAAGCCGCAGCUGGCAUCAUCACCAACAUUCGUUUGCUGGAGCGGCAGGCGGCGUGUGUCACGUACACAUAA